AUGGUAACAGCAAUACUGCUUGCUCAUCUUGUGCGUGGGCAAGAGCUGAUGAUCGAACAGGAAGGUAGCGGUUUUGAGCUUCCGCAGAAUGCAACUCCUUCGUUGGUGUAUGAUUACGUCAACUGUCCACCGGCCGACGGGGAGAACCCGGAACGGUCAAUGAUGGGUGAAGCGGAAGAUGUUGAUUACAGUUAUGAUUAUUACGACAUAUUAGGAGCUUCGAACAAAUCGGAAAUCAAUGAUUCGGGGGAAAAUGUGACGAUUGAUGAUGAACAGUUGCAGGGUGAAUUGGAGGCAAUCAUUUCGCAGAACAGCACAGUUGAAGAAGAGAAUGACGCAAGCGGAGAUGGGGAUUUGAUUCUUGGAACGUUUAAGUUAAUCAAAUCACCAAAUAUCUACAGUCUGCCGGAUAGCGAAUUACCGGAAGUGAGAUUUUCUGCAUUUACCGAAGAACACCCCGAAGAGGUUAUUUUGACUUCAGAAAACUAUCCACAGCCAUAUCCCAAAGUUGUAAAUAGUUAUGAAAACUUCACUGUUACUGGUGGAAUUGGUGUUCAGGUCACAAUUCACAAUCUUGAUUUGGACCAUGAAAGUGAUUUUCUCUACAUUCGAGGCGGAUCAACCAAUGACAAAGACGAGAAAGGACCCGUCUUGACGGGCACCAUCAAGGAACCAAUUCAGUUUCUUAUCGCUCACACUACGACAUUCAGUGUGCAUUUCGUGUCGCAGCACGCCGAAACGGAAGAGCAAACACACGCCGGAUAUCGACUAACGUACGCACCGUUCGGAACCGUGGUCUCACCAACCACUCCUUCGACUACGGAGAUGAUCGUUCCACGUGACGAACUGCAGUGGCUUCGUAAGGAAAUCUCAAUCAGUCGAACGAUGAUGGCCUCCGUAGAAACGUGGCCAUUGAUUAAGAAUGCUCUGGUUAAUGCUUCGAAUGCUUUUAUCGAGCAGCGACAACUUAAGUAUCAAUUUGCUCGGGUUGAAGAUAUACGGAUUUUGGCUCAGAAAUGUCCGGACACCUGGCCCAAUUACGAGGAAUGUGUUAGUUUGGAAUUCGCAAUACCCUUGCGUCCGCUAGUGGCAGUGCUCGAAGAAGAUUCAGAGGGCUUUGGGUUGGAUGGCAAAGCAAAAAUUCGAGGUAGAGGAUUUAUUUCGCUAACAACCACCGAAGAACCGGUGCAGGAAUAUCAACUCACGGUUGACAAUCUAGAGCAGAUGUGGACUGACUUCGGUGCAAUGGCACUAGCCGAGGUGGGAGUAGAAGUGUAUCAAAUGCCGGAAAAUGAGUCGGUGUUGUUGAUCUGGAUCGCAAUCAGUCUGUGCGUACUGGCGGCGUUCAUUUUUGUGCUGUACAGCAUUUGGAAAAUUGACUUUUUCAAGGAUUACCGAAGAAUUUCACGCUUGAGUCGCGAACCUCAGGAUGAUGAUCGUAAUGAGCUUAAGAAAAAGGAAUUUGACAUCUCAAUGUUUCCAUCGCCCCAUCAGAUUGUGCCGAGUCUUUUCCCUACCGGAGAUCCAUACGGUGAACAGAACCCUCAGUAUGCUUACGAUAAUUCCACAAUGAACCCCUGGCAAGAGGAAACGCACGAAGGCCAGUUCAAUGCGUUCGAAAAGAAUCCUCCGCCUCCGAUGAAGAGAAUGCAGCAGCCACAAGCAUUCGAACCUCUUUCCCCGUUUGAGUACUCACCGGGAGUUGUAGAUUUCAAUGAAAUACCAGAGUCAAGGUCACCGCGAAGAAGUCGAAUCAAUCCUUUCCUCCCACACGAUAAUCAGCUUGAUUCAAGACCGUAA